UCGGGGGCGGGGCUGCCAGGGGAGGAGGAAGAUGGCGGCGGGGGCGAGGUGAGGUGUUGGCAGUGAAAAGGGGUUCGGGCGCGGGGGGCGGGGGGACGCGGAGCUAUGGCCCGCGCCGGCUGCAGGGGCGGAUAGAAAGACUUCGCGCCGCGGGUGUGGGCAGGAGGGAGGUGAGGGCGCCCGAGCGCCACAAGAGUAUGACGGGGCUGUACGAGCUGGUGUGGCGGGUGCUGCACGCGCUGCUCUGCCUGCACCGCACGCUCACCUCCUGGCUCCGCGUUCGGUUCGGUACCUGGAACUGGAUCUGGCGGCGCUGCUGCCGCGCUGCCUCUGCUGCGGUCCUAGCGCCGCUCGGCUUCACGCUCCGCAAGCCCCCGGCCGUCGGCAAAAACCGCCGUCACCACCGGCACCCGCGCGGGGGUCUGGUCCCGGUCGCCGCCCACCCCCGGCUGCGCUGGCGCGCGGACGGCCGUUCCUUGGAGAAGCUGCCUGUGCACAUGGGCCUGGUGAUCACCGAGGAGGAGCAGGAACCCAGCUUCUCAGACAUCGCGAGCCUAGUGGUGUGGUGUAUGGCCGUGGGCAUCUCCUACAUUAGUGUCUACGACCACCAAGGUAUUUUCAAAAGAAAUAAUUCCAGAUUAAUGGAUGAAAUUUUAAAACAACAGCAGGAACUUCUGGGCCUAGAUUGUUCAAAAUACUCACCAGAGUUUGCAAAUAGUAAUGACAAAGAUGAUCAAGUUUUAAAUUGCCAUUCAGCAGUCAAGGUGCUGUCCCCAGAAGAUGGAAAAGCAGAUAUUGUGAGAGCUGCUAAGGACUUUUGCCAGUUAGUAGCCCAGCAGCAAAAGAGACCCACAGAUUUGGAUGUAGCUAUGCUAGACAGUUUACUUAGUUCACAUGGUUUCCCUGAUCCUGAUUUAGUAUUGAAGUUUGGUCCUGUGGACAGCACGUUAGGCUAUCUUCCCUGGCACAUCAGAUUGACCGAGAUUAUCUCUUUGCCUUCCCACCUAAACAUCAGUUAUGAGGACUUUUUCUCUGCCCUUCGUCAGUAUGCAGCCUGUGAACAGCGUGUGGGAAAGUAGUGGAUUCUUGGUUGUAUAAUUUGAUUUUAGGCUUUGGAGAAAAGGACCCAAGUGACUCUGAUGUUUACAAAGCACCUAUGAAACCCGUAUAUACCUAGUUCAUAAUCAUAAUUUAUCAACAAACACAAAAAAGUGUCUUACUUGAGAGUGCGUGUGUGCGUGCUUGUGUGUGUGCAUGAGUGUAUGUAUGGAAAUGAACUUAUAAAUGGGGGAAAUAUUGGAGAAGGAAAUAUAAAGAUGCACAGCCUUGAGCAAAUAGCAUUGUUUUAGGAGCUGACAUUUCAUAUUUAAAAUCUUCAGCCCCAACUACUUCCCUGUUUUUGUGGGGAGAAGAAGGGCUGAUUAGAGCUGUUCUGGUUGGUGGGGAACAGGAAUAAAUUUUGUUCAGUCCUUCUUAGGUACAAAACUUUAAUUUUUAAGACUAAUAUAUUGACUUAUUAAAUGGAAGCAUUCUGAGUUUGAGGGGGCUCCUGAGGAAUGGAGUUCUGUGUUGCUUAUAUGUUAAAAGUUUGCUCUCACCUUAAGAGCAGAGGGAAUACUUAUAUUCAGAUAUCCGUCCAUUUUCAUAUUUUACUUCAUUAUAGUCAAACAGUGUGACUUGAGAAUGUUCUGGUGUCAGUGUUCUGGGUUGUAAAGAUCAUUUGAAAAAGAACUCUUACUAUAUUGAAAUGCAGAAUUUUAGAAAUUUAAAUAUAGAAUUAGUAAAAGAAAAAAAAAAAAAAACCCCACAAAAGUGAAUAAGAUGUAAUUUUAAAAGUAAAGGUGGAAAAUUUCCAAUAAAAGGAAAGGAUGUUUUCAUUUCCUUUUUUGUUUGGUGGGCAGCAUGCUAUAUAAUACCCAAAGUUGCUUUAACAAAUAUUUUCAUUAGCUAUUUUUAUUUAAAAUAAGCAUUUGAGGAAAGUUACCAUGGCAGCUCUUUUCCUCAAAGUCACCUGUUCCUCUGUGGAAUAGCACAUUUAGGGCCAUGUUAAUACCUGGGAUUUUUACUGAGUAAAUCCUGAUGGUUACUUUGCAUAAAAGAUCAUUAAGUGGGGCUGAGGCCUGUGUAGGGAGUAAAAUAUUACCAAAGUCUAUAAAAAUAAUUUUACAUGUUCUCUUUUAUGACAGAGAACAGCACUGGUUCUGUUAUUUUUUAAAUGAAUAAAUGAUUUCUUGGUAUGUGUUUAAUAUUUCUUCCCUCACUGCUGAUUCUUGGGGUAGAAACCAUUCUUUAUAUUUUGUAGAUUGUUUUCAGAAAACUCUUGUCAGCAAGUGUAUGAUAGAUCUAAAAUUACAUGUUUAGACUGGAGUAGUUCAAAUACCAGGUUUUUCAGAAGUCUGAAAGCAAAGAAGGCUGGAUUUGGAAAGCAUGUUCUAGAAUUGCAUGUGAAAUUCUGAAGCUAUGAAGAGUAAAUGUUUCAACUUGGAUUAUAAAACCCCAUUUAUGAUUUUAAAAAUACAUUUGAAAUAAAAAUGAUUAAAUUUAAGUUUUGGUCUAGUGAUAUUACUUUGUAUUUAAUAAUCCUUUGUAUGUUUUAAAACUUGGCUUUUUUGUUUAUGGGGAAGAAAAUACUUAUGUUUUUUGUUUUUGUUUUUUUUUUUUUGUCUUAAUUUAUUGCUAAAAGUUUUAUGUGAGACAUAUCUUUAUCUGAGAAUUUCUGGUUUAUGUUUUCCUUGACUGUAAUUUAUGUUAUAUUGAGGCUUUUUUUGGUUUAAGUCUGAAUUUAUACCUUUUAUAAACAUGAUAGGUAUGAAUGUCUUUUACAUUCCAGAAUAUGUAUACUUUAAUGAAUUAAAUUUAAUGUGCCCAACUGAAGAGAAGACAUUUAAUAUUUGUUAAAAUGAAGUUAGUCAAAUUACCCACUAGAAUGUAACCCAUCACUAAAGGUUUACUAUUUGGAUUUUUGUACUUUUAUUUUUUCCUUUCAUUUCGUAAGUGUAUACAUUAAAAGUACAUCUGUAGCCUAUGACCUGAAUCUCUUGAAGUCCUAAGAAGAGACUCUUAAAACAAAUUGCUAAGGGUUUUGUAUUCAGAUAUAGGCAUUCCAGAACCUUCUAUACAUGAGCUCAACUGCUAGUACAGUCUCUACAACUUGAAUGCAUUGGUGCGCUAGAAUUCCUGCCAAAAUUAUCACAGUUUGUGCAUCUCCAGGGCUCCCUUUGACCUCCCAAGAAAGAACUGAUAAUUUUAAAGAAAAGUGUGUGUCUUAAUGUUUAUUGAAGAAUAUUGUCUUUAAAUUGUUGUUGUUUUUUUUUUGAUACUCCUCAAAAUGGAAAAAUUACCAGGUUAUACCUACUUUCUAGAUGGCAGCUUGGAGCAUAGCAAGAAACUAGAGGAUUUGAAUUCCAUUCCCAGUUCUCAUAUUUUGUUUUUUAAAACUGAUUGAUGACUGUUAAAAAGUUUAAAAUCUGGUUUUAAUGUGAAUAGCAGGUAUAUUGUAGCUAAGGCUGAAGGAUGCCAUUUUUUACGAGGAAGGUGUACCAAUAUGAAUGAACAGUGCCAAACACACUGUGCUUAUCUACAGUUUAAUCUUUGAAUGUAUGUUACUUGAUUAGCUAGCCCCUCCUUCAGUGUGACGGUACCACGCAGAGUCAAUCGGAUCCUUGUGAUGUUUUGUAUGGACUUUGGCAACAUGUAAAUAAUAUGUAAAGCAAGUUUUUAUGAUUAAGGAAUCAAAUUUAUUGAAUUUUAUUAAAAGUUGAAACUUAACAUGUAUGAACAAAAACCAAUAAAAGAAUAUACUCUUUUCAUGGACUA